CGAAAUGUUACUGAAAAAUAUCUGAAUGUAUUCUCAUCGCUCUCUAAGACGCAUCGUCAACAUCUUUCAUCACAUUAACCCUACAACCAGAUCCCUCAUGGCCUCUUCAAAUGAAUGUUCAGCCGGAAUCAUAGUCAUUGGAGAUGAAAUAUUGAAAGGACAGACUGCAGACACCAACUCUCACUUUAUUUGUGAACAUUUAUUUUCCUGGGGAGUAAAGGUCAAACGUAUAUCUAUUGUUGGUGAUGACAUUGAAACAAUAGCAAAAGAAAUAACAGAUUUCUCUCUGAAAUUUACUCAUGUGAUCACAACAGGGGGUAUAGGACCUACUCAUGAUGAUGUCACAUUUGAGGGCGUGGCUCAGGCCUUUGGAGACAAGCUUUCCCCUAACCCUGAUAUUGUUAAAUUGUGCAAAGAAUAUUUUGGGCCUGAUAACAUGUCUUCCCCUAUGAUGAAGUUAGCGAUGGUUCCAAGUACUGCCAGAUUGGUCUAUGGUAUCAGCAAAAAAACAGGGGAGAAGAAUAAGUUUCCAACAGUGGUGAUGAAGAAUGUGUGUGUUUUCCCCGGAGUUCCGUCAAUUUUAGAGCGAUCCUUCGUCACUCUGGAGGACCUGUUUAAGAACUCUGCUGGAAAGCGUUACACAGAGGAGAUUUAUGUGGACAAGGAUGAGGUGUCCAUCACGUCGGUGCUCAAUGACUUCAAUGACAAGCAUAGAAAGGAGAUAAUUCUUGGCUCUUACCCUGAUUUCACAAACAGGUAUUACAAAGUGAAGUUGACAUUGGAGGCAAAAGAAGCAGGCAUUCUAAGACAAGCCAAGCAAAAUCUUAUAGAUAAACUUCCCAAAGGUUCGGUGGUGAACUUUGACAUGGAUGUGGUUGCUUAUGCAGCAGAAAGAGUCUAUAGUGUUCUCCAAUCUCACACAGUAGACGCACAAUUCCGAGAUAAACUUCAACAUUCCAUCGGCAUAAUUGAACAAAGUCUAGGAAGAUAUAGUUUAGAAAAAACUUGUAUCGGAUUCAACGGUGGUAAAGAUUGCACGGCCGUAUUAUAUUUAUUUCAUGCAGUCGUCAAAAGAAAACAUCCAGAUCAUACAGACAAAUUGAAAGCACUUUAUAUAAGAAGUGGACAGCCCUUCCAAGAAGUGGAACAAUUUAUUGAGAUGUCAAGCGACAGGUACAAUUUGGAUAGAAUUAUCUUAAAAGGGAGAACUCAAGAUUGUCUUCGUGAGCUAAGGCACAAACAUUCAAACAUCGAGGCGAUUAUUAUGGGUACCAGAAAUACUGACCCACGCGGAAGUCAAUUGGAGGGAUUUGCUUGGACUGACCCUGAUUGGCCUAAGUUUAUGAGAGUUAAUCCAAUAUUGGACUGGUCCUACUCUGAUGUGUGGUACUUUCUGCGGUCACUCUACAUCGACUACUGCAGUCUAUAUGACCAAGGGUACACUUCUCUGGGGAGCCAGGACAACACCCAUCCAAACCCCAUUCUACAGUACAGAGAUGACAGGGGUGUAGUCUGCUAUAGACCUGCGUACUUACUACAAGAUGGCGAUAGGGAGAGGGAUGGUCGUAAUACUUGACAAAAAAUAUUUUGAGAUUCUUCUUACCAUGGUCUUUCUUCACUGACUGCAGCAUCUUUAUAAUCAGGAUUUGUCCGUACCUUCAAUAUUGCAAGUCAGAUGAAGCAGAAAGUAUUUACACAGAAUUCUGAAGUACAAGUUAUUGAGAUUAUUUCAAACAUUUAGACUCCGAUAUACAAAUUGCAGAUAAAGUAUCCAGAGUUUACACAAGUUGCUAUUUACAAUAUUUCUUUCACUCUUGUUGCUUAUUUUUUCCAGAGGUUUGAUGUGUAGUGAAAUGUCAAUGUUUUGUGUAACAUGGGUGACACAAUGGCCACUAGCCCUGCACCUUUGGGUCGCAGGUUCGAGGCCUAUGUGUGUCAGUCACCAGGUACUAGCUGCAGGUCUUUUAACAUUUUCUUAUCGAUAACAAAAGGCCAAGGGUGCUGAUAUUGCACUGCAGCAUGCUGAGAUAAAGGGAUACCAGCUUUGUUCAAAUGAAUCACCUUGACCCUUCUCCAAGGUCACAGGGGUCAUAUGUAACUUCUUCUCAAUAACCAGAACAGCAAAUUUAUGUAUCAUUGAAAUCUAGUGUCUAGAAAAAGAAAAGACAAACAAAAUGAUACAUUACUAUGCUACGUAUCUCCAAUAGCUACAGAGUAGUAAGGAUUUUUUCGUAUGGUCUCUUUUUACCAAUUUAGCUCAUGAAUUAGGAUUAAAGGGACCGAGAUCAUUUGACGCGCAGGUUUCUUGAAUAAAAUUGCAAUUCAAAAUGAA